AAAAAAAAGAAAGAAAGAAAGAAAGAAAAAAAAAAACCUCCCGUGCAUCGGAAUGGUAAACCGAGAAUGUGCGUGGAGGAGGACCCUGGUACGCUGUGGAGUAGCUGAAGUUGAUGAAGAGAUUAUUGAAUAUAAACACUCACAUGUGAACUUGUUCAUCGUGAAUCAAAGUGUUCAUAGGUCUCCGUUAUCUGUGGGGCAGCUCGGCUCUGACUGACUGAUGGAAAUAGAGAAGAAGAAAAACGGGAAAUCUCGUUCAGGCAGAACCGCCACGCACUGGCAGGAGAACAUUUAAUACUUCUUUUUCUCUUUCGGGUGAGAUGUAGUUUGGCGUCGUUUGGUGGACCAUGUAGUAAGUGUUCGUGCUUGCAUGUAGCAUGAUAUUGAGUCCGAUAUGUCUAAUGUGAAGCCAAGUAAAAGCGUGGAAUGGCUGCAACUCGAGUUAGAGUCCGGAGGCACUUCGCUGCUCCUGCUGGACUGCCGUUCACACGAGCUUUAUGAAUCAUCCCAUAUAGAGACCGCCAUCAACCUGGCCAUACCGGGGCUGAUGCUCCGGAGGUUCAAAAAGGGCAAUAUACCUAUCCGGACUAUCAUCCCCAACCACGAGGAUAAAGAGAAGUUCAUAAGACGGUGCAAGACGGACACGGUCGUCCUGUACGAUGAGUGCACAGUGAACGGACAGGAGUGUGGAGCUCCGGCGUCGGUUUUGGGUCUACUUCUUCAGAAACUAUGGGAAGACGGCUGUAAGGCAUAUUACCUGGACGGUGGAUUUGUGAAGUUCCACACAGAGUACCCAGAACACUGUGAGACCCUCCUAGACAGUUCCUGCCCCAGCUCCUCUCCUCCGCUGUCUGUUCUGGGUUUUGGAAAUCUCCGGAUCAGCUCAGAUUGUUCCGAUGGGGAGUCUGAUCGAGAGCCGACCAGUGCCACGGAGUCUGAGGAGAGCCCCAUCCCCAGCAACCAGCCUGCCUUCCCUGUCGAGAUCUUACCCUACCUUUACCUGGGCUGCGCCAAAGACUCCACCAACCUCGACGUGCUGGGCCAGUACAACAUCAAGUACAUCCUAAACGUCACACCCAAUCUCCCCAACAUGUUUGAGCAUGACGGCCACUUCAGGUACAAACAGAUUCCCAUUUCGGACCACUGGAGUGAGAACCUGUCCCAGUUUUUCCCAGAGGCCAUAUCAUUUAUAGAUGAGGCUCGGUCUAAGCAGUGCGGCAUCCUGGUGCACUGCCUGGCCGGCAUCAGUCGCUCAGUCACCGUCACCGUGGCUUACCUGAUGCAGAGACUCAACCUCUCUCUCAACGACGCUUAUGACUUUGUCAAGAGGAAGAAGUCCAACAUUUCCCCAAACUUCAACUUCAUGGGUCAGCUCCUGGACUUUGAGAGGACACUGGGGCUGCACAGUCCCUGUGAUAACCGUUCCACCAGCAAGGAGCAGCUCUUCUUCACCACACCAACCAACCACAACGUCUUCCAGCUGGACACGCUGAAGUCAACAUGAGGACUGAUUGGAUUUUUUUUUUUUUUAACUGUUUCCUGUGGUGUCUCUGAAGGUUCUCAGAGCCUGUCAGUUGCCUAACUAGCUGACACAAGCAGUAAGUCAGUACAGUAUUUCUGCACCAAAAGGAACUACACUGAUCUUUUAAAGGAACAGAGCCUGUAAGAAGACACUAUUAGAUCCAGUCUCAAUGCCUUAAUACCUAACAAAAGGAUGAAUUUUGCUAUCACACCACAGCCUACAUGGCAUUAAUCAAUGGUCACGUACAGCCAUAACAGCAGGACAUUUCAAAAAUUUCUAUUAAAUCUAUGAUUGUCAUUUUACUGUUAUUUCUUAUUCACCAGCUGUAAAGUGGAUGUUUAUGUAUGUUUAUCAGUUAUGAUUAUUGCCUUGAUGGUCUAAAAGGAGUCUUUGGCCAAGCAGUGUGUUCUCUAGGGACCAAUCCGAGAUGUUUUGAUGGCUCUCUAGUCGAGGGAAAUAAGCUACUACAGUGAUCCGGCCUUGAAUUGUUGUCCAGUUUUUCUUCAGAUGACUAUUGGCAGCUCUCUUGCAACAGAAAGAGUUUAUCAUAGGAAGCAUUUUAUUUUCUCACGCUUUCACUCCGAAUACCUUCACUAAUAUCUGGUGAACACCAUGAUAUUAAAUUGUUGUUUUUUUUUAAAAUCCAAGAACAAACAGCCACAACAAGUCAAAACAUAGAAUACUUCAGUAACGUUCCUGUACAUUCUGUUGCUUAUAACUGCAUUAUUUGCAUGUAAUUAUGUUCUAGCAAGGACCUUGUUUUAUAAUCUUGAGGUGAUGUGGCCUCUUGUUGCCGAGGCCCUGACCAUACCUUAACAUGAAAUCGAACUAUAUGUCAGUUACCAGGUCGAGGUAUAGUGUAUAGGAAUGGCUUUUGCCACGACUGAAAGGAACAAAUGUGCAAGUGAGCGGCGUACAAAGAAAUGGAUCUCCACCAACUCCGGCAGUCCUCAGACUGCAGCUGCUCCUUCUGUGGCACAAUGAUGUUAAGGGAAACAUGAUGUAUAAUUAGCUGUUCUCUGUUGCCAGUCUCUUCUCAGAACAAAUGAGUGGCUUCCACGUGUGAGAGGGAAUGUAAGGAAAAUGAAUUUGAGAAAUGUGUUCUUACCUCACAGAGAGACAUUUUCAGGGAUUUUUAUACAAGGCAUCUGUAUCUCGUCAUGGCCUCUUAAAGUGCAUCCAAGGGCUGUUUUGUUUGGUUUGUUUGUAAAGAUGAACCUAAAAUGCGGUUGUUAUGGGGGGACAUUUUCUCCACUUCAUGAAGGAUGCAAAUGUCACCCUAUUUUGACCCUUAUGUGUAGUAUAUGUAAAGCUAAAUGUCCAAGACAUUCUGUACAAGUUUAUACAACAAAUAUAAUGUAUAUUUUUACUUGAA